AUGAUAUCCGUCCACAGGACAUUACCUGACUGCAGAAGUGACAUGUGUAGGAAGCGGAUAAAACAAUUCAAUGGCAGCUUGCCAGAAUUCAGUGUUGUUUUAGUAUUCAACAACGAAGCGUGGACCACGCUGUUACGUUCAGUACACAGCUUAAUCAACAGGACACCACAACAUUUGUUGAAAGAAAUCCUUCUCGUUGACGACAAUUCCGACUUUGAUCAUCUUCGAGGCCCGCUACAUAGACACUUCCGCCUUUUCCCAAAAGUGAAAAUCAUCCACUCGCCACAAAGAAUUGGUCUGAUCAGAGCCAGACUGCUAGGAUUUGACUCAACAGUUGCACCAGUCGUGAUCUUUUUGGAUUCCCAUGUGGAAUGUUUUCCCGGCUGGGCGGAGAGUAUGCUAAUCAGAAUAACCCGAAACCCACAGGCGGUUGUGUUCCCUAUUAUAGAAAGUAUCAGUGACCGCAACUUCGGAGUGCAGUGUACGGCACGCAUAGAAGAAUAUUGUACCUUUCUGUGGAAAACUCUCCAGUAUCACUGGGUGCCCAUUCCUAGACGAGAGCUGAAUCGACGGAUGGACGAUGAUGACUCAUACAGAUCACCUGUAAUGCCCGGUGGGAUAUUUGCGGUCACUCGAGAGUUCUUUACAAAACUUGGGAAAUAUGAUCCAAAACUGGGUUUCUGGGGCGGAGAAAAUAUGGAGCUCUCUUUCAAGACGUGGAUGUGUGGCGGGACCUUGGAGAUGGACCCCUGUUCUUAUGUUGGCCAUGUCUUCCGCCUUGGUGGGUCUAUCAAGGUGGAUGCCUCGGUUAUUUUCAGGAAUGCAGUACGUGUGGCCGAAGUCUGGAUGGACGAUUAUAAAAACUACUUCUAUGAAAUGAACAAUUACAGAAACAUUAAUCCGGGAAACGUAACAGACCGCGUACUUCUACGCCAAAGUCUCCAGUGCAAGAGCUUUGCUUGGUACUUGAAGAAUUUGUUUCCAGAACAGACUUUCCCUCAUAGCAUGAAUUACGCAGGAGAGAUACGCAGUAGAGCGUUCGCAAAAUGUAUCGACAGCAAUAUACAGAACCAUGAAGCAUCAAUCCGUCCUAUCUUGAUUGGCUGCAGCGGUUUUGGACGCAACCAAGUCUGGUACAUGGGCGUGUCAGGGCAUAUCUUCCAAGAGGAUUUACAUGUUCAUUUUAUUUGUGUAACUGGAGUCAGUGUGCUGCACAGUGCUAAAGAAUGUCAGCCACCAGGGCCACAUUGGGAGUAUCGGAAAGACAACAGCUUGUACCAUGUGCCUACAGGCAAGUGUUUGACGGCUGAUGGUGUUACAGACAAUCUCUCCAUGACUCCUUGCACAAACAGCAGCUUGCAGAAAUGGCACUUUCAAGAACGAAGAACUGAUCUAGGUUUUCCCCGCUAUACGUAG